GAGCCCAUUCAUCUGUGCACUUGGGCGUUGGACCCCGCAUCUUAUUAGCAACCAGGGAGAUUUCUCCAUUUUCCUCUUGUCUACAGUGCGGCUACAAAUCUGGAAUUUUUUUAUUACUUCUUUUUUUUUUAAAACUACACUUGGGCUCCUUUUUUGUGCCUGACUUUUCCACCUUUUUCCCUCCCUCCUGCGCUGCUGCUUUUUUACCUCUUCGACCAAAAUUUUUUUAUCCGGAGUGUAUUUAAUCGGUCCUGUUCUGUCCUCACCACCCCCACAUCCCCCCCCCCCUCUGGUGUGUGUGCCGCCGCCGCUGCCGCCGCCGCCGCUGCUCGCCCCGUCGUUACACCAGCCCGAAGCUCUUUGUUCACCUCUUGGAUCUGUUGAGUUUCUUUGUUGAAGAAGCCAGCAUGGGUGCCCAGUUCUCCAAGACCGCUGCGAAGGGAGAAGCUGCCGCAGAGAGGCCCGGGGAGGCGGCUGUGGCCUCGUCGCCUUCCAAAGCGAAUGGACAGGAAAACGGCCACGUGAAGGUAAACGGCGACGCUUCUCCCGCGGCCGCCGAGCCCGGCGCCAAGGAGGAGCUGCAGGCCAACGGCAGCGCUCCGGCCGCCGACAAGGAGGAGCCCGCUGCCCCGGGCAGCGGGGCGGCGGGGAGAGAGGAGCCGGUGGCCGCCGCCGCCGCUGCCGCCGCCGCCGAGGCCGGCCCCGCGGAGGGGGAGGCCGCCGCGGAGGGGGAGGCCGCCGAGCCCGGUUCGCCCGCGGCCGCGGAGGGGGAGGCCGCAUCGGCCACCUCCUCCACGUCUUCGCCCAAGGCCGAGGACGGCGCCACGCCCUCCCCCAGCAACGAGACCCCGAAAAAAAAAAAGAAGCGCUUUUCCUUCAAGAAGUCUUUCAAGCUGAGCGGCUUCUCCUUCAAGAAGAACAAGAAGGAGGCGGGAGAGGGCGGUGACGCCGAGGGCGCAGCGGGCGUCGCGGCCGAAGGCGGCAAGGACGAGGCUGCCGCCGAAGCGGGCGCAGCCCCUGGGGAGCAGGCGGCGGCGCUGGGCGAGGAGGCCGCGGAGGCCGCGGCGGGGGGCGACCCGCAGGGGUCUGAGCCCGAGGAGGCCGCCGCCGCGCCCGAGAAGCAGCCAGCCGGCGAGGAGGCCAGGGCCACCGAGGAGCCCGGCAAGGCCGAAGGGGAGGCCGGGGAGGCCGGCCCCGCUACCUGCGAGGCGCCGUCCGCCGCGGGGCCCGGCGCGCCCGCGGAGCAGGAGGCGGCCCCCGCGGAGGAGGCCUCGGCCUCGUCAGCCUGCGCGGCGCCCUCACCGGAGGCUCAGCCCGAAUGCAGUCCAGAAGCCCCCCCGGCGGAGGCGGCAGAGUAGAAGGGCAAGAUUGUUUUGAGAUAAUCGAAGAACUUUUCUCCCCCGUUUGUUUGUUGGAGUGGUGCCAGGUACUGGUUUUGGAGAACUUGUCUACAACCAGGGAUUGAUUUUAAAGAUGUCUUUUUUUAUUUUCCUUUUUUUAAGCAGCAAAUUUUGUUUUUUCCCCUCCCACAGAUCCCAUCUCACAUCAUUCUGUUACCACCAUUCCAACAGGUCGAGGAGAGCUUAAACACCUUCCUCUGCCUUGUUCCUCUUUUAUUUUUUUUUUUGCAUCAGUAUUAAUGUUUUUUGCCUACUUUGCAUCUUUAUUCAAAAAUGUAAACUUUCUCUGUCAAUCUAUGGACAUGCCCAUAUAUAUAUGAAGGAGAUGGGUGGGUCAAAAAGGGAUAUCAGAUGAAGUGAUAGGGGCCACGAAGGGGAAAUUCAAGUGGUACAUAACAUUGCCAAGAGUAAGGUGCCACUAGAAAUGAUGAUGUAAAGGCUGUCUUUUUUUCUUUUUUUUU